GUAUAAAAUGCCUACGUUUGCAAAAUAUGAGUGAGAGAGAGAGGGGGGCAGCAAGAAAGAGCGAGAGAUGGAAAGUAAAUUAUGAACAAAAGGGGAAGGAGAGAUGUUGAUGUAGUUUUAUUUGUGAGGCGAUUUGAUCGGAUCACGAUGUUAAGAUCAAGUCUCCUGCUUCUCCUGCUCUCCCGCUCGGCCUACUCGAUGUUGCUGGGCUGGGUGGAGUCUCCAGGGUAUCCCACUGGAUACUUGCCCCAUGCCAGUCUAAACUGGAGCAGGUGUGCCCCCAAAGGUCACACCCUCUCCAUCAAGCUCAUCCACCUGGACCUGGAGGACAGCCAAGACUGUGAGAACGAUGCAGUGAAGGUCUUUUCAAAUGGAAACCUAAUCUCAGUUCUGUGUGGCAAAAGGGAAUUUGAGGAGCUUCAGUCGUCUGUAAAUCCCUCGCUCCUCUCCUUGCCGGGUGGCUGCCUCUCACUUACGUUCCACUCCGAUUACUCAAACGCAAAGAGGCACACCGGCUUCAGAGGCUUUUAUACCGAUCAAGACUUCGACGAAUGUGUGGACGACCCAGACAACAAAUGCACCCAGUUCUGUCAUAACUACAUUGGAGGGUACCACUGCUCCUGUCGCCAUGGUUACCACCUGGGGGUGGACAAACACACUUGCACGGUGAGUUGUGCUAAGGAUCUGUCAGGGCUGAACACAGGUGACCUAUCCAGUCCGUCCUGGCCUGCUUCAUAUGCAGAGAAUGCCAACUGUGAGUACACCCUGUCUGUGGAGGCCACCCUGCAGCUGGAGCUGCACUUCUCUGAAGAUUUCGAUGUUGAGCAAAGCACGGAUGGUCAAUGCAUAGAUGCACUGACGAUUGAGACUCACUCUGGGACUCUGGGUCCAUUCUGUGGCCACACGCCUCCCUCAUCUCCCUUUCUGACUCACUCACAUCAUGUCAAAAUCCGCUUGACCUCUGAUGGCUUUGGCACAAACAAAGGCUUCUCUCUCCACUUCAUGACCAGAGGCAAGGUGUGUCCAGCGGAGGUGACCUCAGACUCCACUGUGACUCCUCAGCAAACAGACUACCGUCCGGGGGAAACAGUGACAGUAACUUGUGACCUUGGCUAUGUUCCAAAUACUCAAGGCACCAAGACCCUGUCAUCACAGUAUGUGACAGUAUGCCAGAAUACAGGCGUUUGGACUCCCAAUUACAACUGUGAACCUGUGGAUUGCGGUGUUCCUGAUAUCCCAGAAGAUGGCAUCCUUCAGCUGGUGGACUCAGAUAACCCAUACCAUCAGUAUGAAGACCAGAUCCAGUUUAACUGCAGCUCAAAGUACUACACACUGGAAGGAGAUGACACGUACACUUGCAGUGCCAGUGGUGAAUGGGUUUCAGGUGGUGGCAAGACAGAGAUGCCGAAAUGCAUUGAAGUGUGCGGGAAGCCUGAAAGCCACCAAGCAAUUUCAGCCAGAAUUUUGGGAGGUAAGGAUGCAAAGAUGGGAGAGAUACCGUGGCAUCUUUUGAUUAAAGAGCCGAGUAGAGGAGGAGCAUCCCUGAUCAAUGACCGAUGGGCUGUCACAGCAGCUCAUGUGGUGGAAACGGCAGAGGAAACCUCUUUGCGCCUCUAUGGUGGACUGAUAAAUGGAAGAACGAUAUCAAAUAGGUUGUCUGAUGUUGUCGUCAUGGACAGUGAGAGGAUCAUCAUUCACCCCGGCUACAUCAGGGGCAUUCCUCUUGUAGAUCGCACCGAUUUUGACAAUGAUAUUGCUCUUAUCAGAUUCACUUCCAGGGUGACUUUAGGCCCAAAGCUCCUUCCCGUUUGUCUGCCAGAGGUAAACAUGGACAUGUUGGAAAACGAGCAGGGCACAGUGUCAGGCUGGGGGAUAACAGAAUCAAGGACAGGUAGUUUUGUCACGUCUGCCUUGUUAAAAUAUGCUCAUAUUGGGAUCUACUCCCUUACAGAGUGUCAGAAUACACCUAACAAACCUACAACUACCAAACGUAUGACUUUCACUAAUAACAUGUUCUGUGCUGGAGCAAAUGGAAAGGACAGCUGCCAGAAAGACAGUGGAGGCCCGUUUGUUUUGCCGAUGUUGGCUGAAGGCAGAGAGCCUUAUUAUCUGUCUGGCAUUGUGUCCUGGGGACCCCCCUGUCGAGAGAGGCAGUACAAGGGUUAUUAUACCAAGGUGCAGAAUUAUGUAGACUGGAUUAAGGAGACAAUAGAUACAAUAGAAAAGUCUUAGAAAGACGAAAGAUGAGGGAGAAAAUACUUCUCCACUAACCAUAAUAACAUAAUCAAUUUGACUGAUUCAGAUAAUGUUUAUGGAAAUAAAGCCUAUAAUCUUGUAAUCAAAUGUACCAACAUUAAUAACAAGUGAUGACAUUAUGACUUCAUACUUCACUUUUGUAUUAAAGGAAUUUGCAAAUCAA